AUGAAGGUGACAGGUCCGACUCUCCGCCGGCGGAACCAUGCCUGGCUCCAGAUGAGAAGCCCCGAGAGGCGAGCUGCCCGACUUGCUCGACGCCAGGAAUUGGACGACUCUUCGGACGACGCCGAUACUUCGGGCGACGAAUCCUCCGACUCGGGGGAGGAAUCCGACGAUGAGUCCAGCGCCCAACCUACCAAGACCGUCGCCCCACCGCUUGUCUCGGCGUCCGUGGGAGUUCAGGCUGGGAGCGGGAUGGUACUAUUGCCCACCGCAGGGGCCAAACUGACUGCAGGCGGCUCGCAGCUUGCGGCAGGCGAUGGGGAGGUCGAGUCCGAUGGGCCCGAGUCCGAUGGCGAGGAGUCAGACGAUGAGUCGACGAGUGCUUCGGCCACCGCAACGCCCACGUCGAGUGCAACGGAGCGAGAGAUCAUCACAUUGACACCUCUGCCACACUCGUCGACGAGCACAAGUCUGGACGAACUCGUUACCUCCCUCACGCGGACGGCGCGGUCAACAUCAGCAGCGACAUCAGUCGUAUCAGCAACAAGCGGACCCUCGUUUUCGCUACCAGCAACCGGCGCUGCGCAGUCCGGGGAUCCCGGCGAUCGCCCAGCGCCUGAUCGCCAGCCACCACCCGACCGCCACGCACACGAACGCGAGGAAAGCGACUUUGCUGUGGCUCCUUCCUCACGGAACACGCUCAGCUCUGGAGCUGUGGCAGGCAUAGUGAUCGGGGUCCUGGCCUUCGUCGCCCUCCUAGUGGGCGCAGCUCUGCUCUGGCGCAAACGGCGCCGCGACCGCGGCCUGCCCUUCUUCCCAGAGAAGCGCUUCCGACUCCGAGACGAUGAUGGCGGUUCCAACGCCCCAUCCAUCGGCGGCCCACUCCCAGGCAGAGUCGGCGGGCAGGACCAUGUCAAAACCAACAGCCAAAUCAUGGACGAACUCAUGCGAGCCGCCUACUCGGCCGACAACGGCACAAACGACAUGGAAGGGGCUUUCGCACCGACCAAGCUGCCGCAGCAGCAGCAGCAGCAGCAGACAAACGCGUUCAUGGAUGAGAAGGCGUACGUGGCGCUGGCGGGCCCGCCCAUACCCGCACCUCCACCUGUGGCUGUGUCUGUACCAGUGACACAGUGGUUGAGCGAAGUGAAGACUCCGACGCAGCCCAACGGUCCCGAGAUGCCGCCGACCCCGCAGAUGCCCCCUUCGGCGACGCUCCCGAGACCGGGACUGCCUCAUCUUGCCGGUGGUGGAAGGGUGCCGGAGCCGCCGAGGCCGGCGUAUUUUGGCCGGGACACCAUGACAACGGAGACUACGAACACCACUGCGCGUUGGUACGGGUGA